UCAGCGCCCUCCUCCGGUAACAAUACUGGCGUGUGACGCUGCUAAGGGCAGACGAGUUGUCCUGCUCACUUCCUGUCGCGGGUACAGGGACGCCCUGCCUAUAAAUAAACACAAGCGAGUUUCCGAGAGAUUGUGAUGGAAGAAGUCCAUAACCAUGUAUGCACCGAAGAUAAUAAACCAAUCGUGGAUACGAGCACUUACGUGAAAAUAAAGAUCGAGGAAUCGGACUUGAUCGAACGCCAGGAUGAAACGGAGGUCUCUAUGUCUACGGAGGAGGAAGAAGACGAAAAGCCGGACGUCUCGAGUUACUGUAUUAAGACGUUUGUGGUCGACGUCGAUACGGACCGGAACGGUCACGACGACGAGUCCCUGAGGGGAUGCGACUUCACAGAAAUUGGAAAAGAUGAGCCAGAGAUGUAUUACGAAAGCUCAGAAGAGAACGGCAUGAAAACCGAUUCGGGUCUGGCUGACCACCAGGCGGCCGACCCGUCGGGUGACCCUGACCCGUCUGAACGUUGUCAGGAUCAGGGAACCCAGACCGAAGCCAAAAACUUCCCGUGCGAAGUUUGCGGCAAGAUUUUCUUUGCGAAAGCCAAGUAUCAGAGCCACGAGAAGACUCACCAUAAAGAGAAAACGUUUGUUUGCUCGGAAUGCGGGAAAGGCUUCACCACGAGCUCGCACCUUCUGUCGCACCGGCGCAUCCACACGGGGGAGAGGCCCUUCCUCUGCACUUACUGCCGGAAGACCUUCAUCAGCAAGUCUGACCUCGUGAAACAUCAGAGGAUCCACACGGGAGAGAAGCCCUUCGCGUGCUCGGUAUGCGGCAAAAGCUUCGCCAAUAGCUCCAACCUGAUUGCCCAUCAGAACAUUCACACGAUAGCGAAGCCGUUCGUCUGCAACACGUGCCAGGAGUGCUUCGCCAGCAGCCUGGAGCUCCUCAAACACCAGACGGUUCACACCGGCUUGAGCGCCUUCAUUUGCCCCGAAUGCGGGAGAGACUUCUCGUGCAAGUCCAAGCUCGUCGCGCACCUGAGGAGCCACACGGGCGAGAGGCCGUUCUCAUGCGCGCAGUGCGGGAAGUGCUUCGCCAUCAGCGCCCAUCUUCAGGCGCACAACCGAAUUCACACGGGCGAAAAGCCCUUUGGCUGCUCGGACUGCGGGAAGUGGUUCACCAGCAAGUCGGACCUCGUGAAGCACCAGAGGAUCCACACGGGAGAGAAGCCCUUCGGCUGCCACGAGUGCGGCAAGUACUUCAGCAGCAGCUCCUAUCUCCUCCACCAUCAGCGGAUUCACCGAGGAGACAAGCCGUUUGCCUGCUCGGAGUGCGGCAAAUGCUUCAGCACCAAGUUCGCCCUCAUCACGCACCAGAGGAUCCACACGGGGGAGAAGCCGUUCACGUGCUCCGAGUGCGGCAAGUGCUUCAGCAGCAACGGCAAUCUGGCCAAGCAUCAGCGGAUCCACUCGGAAAGCAAACCCUUCGUGUGCUCGGAGUGCGGCAAGUGCUUCAGCAUCAAGUCGUAUCUCGUCACCCACCAGCGGGUCCACACCGGCGAGAAGCCGUUCUUGUGCUCUUACUGCGGCAAGCGCUUUGCCAACAGCUCAAACUUUGUCAUUCACCAGCGGAUCCACUCGAAAGCAAAACAGAUGUGCGAGUCGUGAGAGUGUUUUGUGUUGGAAACACAGUCGUUUAUUUUGAAAGUACGUAUAGCUCUAUACUUUUUUUUUUUUUUUUUUAAUUAUUAUUAUAAUUAUUAAUAUUAUUGCUAAGUAGCGGGGUGACGGAGGUACCACCCCCAAGGCCUUGCUUUUGUAGGAUACGCCUUAUCUCUAGAAGACGUUGCGGCUUAGAUAAGGCUUCAACGAGGAAUGUUAAUGUGGCGCGAGCUGUGGUUUAGUUUCCAUAAGUUGGAAGAAUCUGCCCCUGCUUCUGUCGUACAGCACGCCGGGUGGCAGAUAGACACCCUGGGUACGUCCAAAUACAUUUUGAUGUGUCAUAUUCUAAGUGUAUUACAAAUAAUGGUUCAAUAAAAAUACCAUUAAAAAUUG